AAUGUAUCUAUCCAUCCGUAUCACAACAUUCCUUCAUUUCAAUUCAACGGCUACUCGCAUACAGAGAUCUCACAUGGUACCAAAAUGUCAAAACCUCGUUUUCUCGUGCAUGAUUCCUGGAAUGACAAGUUUUUGAUAAGUCUGAUGACAAGUUUGACAUCGGCGUACACAAGCGUGUAUUUUAAUUGCCGGAAUGCUUAACUGAGUUCUUGGUUGCACCAGUCUUGUAUGGAGUGUAGAGAUAAGGAUGUUCUCUUGGUUACAUUUAAUCUGAGAGAGCGGAAAACUGCGCAAUAUUCAUGCUGCUCAUUGCUCGGAUUUCUGCGCCUUGCUGCGAGUCACUGCUUUGGGGAGAAUAUGUGGUUACAUUGCAUAUCUAUAUCUUUUCCUUAUCAUUUUAUGCAGGUACUUUUUGGACCAAAAACGAUGUGAAUAGAAUUUAGUGUGGGGUUGGAUGGGUAGUCCAUUUUUCUAUCUACUAGAUGCGAUCUAGAGAAAUCUAUAUUAGUUGAUAGAUGACAUAUCUCUACGUUCACCGUUCCUACCCGAUCGACUCUUUAUUCCUUGUUUUCCCUCUUUUCCUCUCCUUCAGAAUCAAUAUCAACAUCAGUAUUCCUUUUGUAUCAAUCAAUCGCAUUCGUUGCGUACUCGUUCAAAAUGAUCGGUCAUCUAUUCGGUCUCCUACGCCAAAAGUUGCGAAAUCCGCAUUUUGAAGCAAAAGGCGCAGCAAAUGUUCGUGGAAAAGAUAAUUGGUUAGAUAAUGAUGAUAUCAGACCUUUGAAAUUGGCGGAUCGUACUUGGAAUGUUUGGACUUAUCUUACAUUUUGGUUUUCUGCAAGUAUGUUGGCAAUACUAUCAUGAGCUUCGAUAUGGAUUUUUUGAUGAUGCUAAUGUGAAUUGAAUAGCUUCGACAGUUUCGACAUGGUAUGCUGCAUCAAGCGCUCAGGCUUUGGGAUUGAGUAUGUGGGAAUCGCUUUUGUGUGCUUUUGGUGGUCAAUGUUUGAUUGCUAUUGUCAUUGUAUUCAAUGGUAGAUCAGGAGCUGUAUAUCAUAUGUGAGUUUUAAUUUCCAUCUUAUGCAUAUGGAAUGACCCGUCUCGAUUAAGUGAUUGUUGUAUCGAACAAGUCUUAUUUCCAUUUUCCGCUUCAGAGGGACAUCUUCAAUUGCCUUUUUCAUCAUCAUCAUAUCAUAAAACUCCAUUGCUCCUCAUCUGCUGACAAUAAACGAAACAUUCAGUGGUUAUCCUAUUCUCAACAGAGCUGCGUUUGGUGUUUUUGGAGCAUGGUGGCCUACCUUCAAUCGUGCUGUGAUGGCCAUUGUUUGGAAUGGUGUCAAUAUGGUUCAAGGAGGUGAAUGUAUCUAUGUCAUGCUUCAUACUUUCAGUCCACGUGUUGCCAAUUUUAAAAAUGUCAUGGGGGAAGGAUCUGCUCUUGAUUCUGGUGGUAUGCUUGGACUUGGAAUCUUUUGGAUUCUUACCUGUUGUUUUCUUAUUAUUCCUGUUCCAAAGGUCAGUACGAUUCAGCUAUUUCUUAAAAUGAUAAUGCUAAUGCGAGAACAGAUGAAAGGUCUUGUAUAUGCUAAACUUAUUGUCUUUAUCAUUUCCGCCGUUGCUAUGUGUGCCUGGACUUUGACCAUGGCUGGUGGUAUCGGACCAGUUGCUCGUCAACCAGGGACAGUUAAAGGCACAGAACGAACAUGGCUUAUCGUACGAUUUAUACUUCUUGGUGCUGCUAAUUGUGCAACUUUUGCCUCCAACGCAGCGGACUUUCAACGUUAUGCUGGCAAACCGAAUGAUGUUAUUUGGGGGAACUUAGUCGGAUUUCCUAUUUCUAAUGUUCGUAUAUUCCCGCAAACACAUAAAUUGGUUUUUGUACCUCAUACUGACACACUCACUAGUUAAUUGUAGCAAUCAUCGGUAAUCUAGUUGGUUCCUCAAGCCAAGUUCUCUUUGGGGAAGUUAUCUGGUCCCCACUCACCUAUCUCGAUCGAAUUCUUGAACGAACAUACGAUGCACCUACUCGAGCUGGGUGUUUCUUCAUAGCUGCUUGCUUCGCCUAUUCUGCAGUUUUCUCUUCAAUUUUUGAAAACUCAAUUCCAGCAGGAAAUGAUAUUGCCGCUCUUUGUAAGUCAAUGUCACUUUCAUCAUGAAGCAGAGUUCCAGAAUUAUCAUCCUUUGCUAACACAACAACCUCAGUCCCAAAAUACAUAUCCAUCCGCACAGGUUUCUUCAUCUGUGCCGUCAUCUCCAUAGUAAUCCAACCAUGGUACCUCCUCAAAUCCGCCGUCAUCUUCAUUUCUUUCCUCGCCUCGUACCAAAUCUUCCUCUCAGCCAUCACCGGUGUCCUCCUCUGUCAUUACUUCAUCAUCGCCCGUGGUUUCCUCAACAUCCCAGACCUCUACACCUCGGAUAAAAAUGCAGCAUAUCACUAUACGGGAGGUUGGAACUGGCGUGCCUAUGCCGCAUAUAUAAUCGGCAUAAUUCCAAAUUUCUACGGCUUUUUAAAUAAUAUGGGUGUUAAAGCUCCGCUGGGUGUUACAAGAGCAUACUAUUUCGCGUAUCCAAUUGGUCUUUUUGUUAGUUUUCUGGUUUAUUGGGGACUUUGUUAUAAAUGGCCGGUGAGGAUUCAAUAUCCUUUGGGUGAGUGGAUGGAGGUUAAGGAUUAUGUGAGGGAGGAGGAGAGGGGGGAAGGAGAGGGAAGUGGGAGUGGAUGGGGUAGUAUGGUUAGUAGGGAGGAGAGAGUGAUUGGAGGAGUGGUAGGUGAGAAAGAUGGAGCUUCUUUGAAUGAGGAGAAGAAUGAAUUAGAUGUUGCGGCGAGGGAAAAUGUAGGGGAUCGUGUGAGAUAUCGUGGACUCGGAUAAGAGACUUUGGUUGGGGAGAAGUAGAGGUGUGGAGAUAUUGUGUAUAUAUUUUUAGAUAUUUAU